AUGGCGGAACGAAAGGGGUGCCAUAGCGACGAAUCCACAAAUGAAGCCACGACAACAUAUCAGUUCCGGGUCUUCGGACUUGCCGGACUCGUCAACUCGAAAAGGUACUUGGCGUUCUUGGCGAUUCCAAAGACGGAGGUACUUGUCGAAUCCACGAAGACGUUUCUUAGCAUCCCUGGUUGUCGGGUCUUGGCAGCGACUAGAGCGGCAGCAAGGCCGACGGUUCAGCAGGGGGGGUUGGAGCUUGUGAUGCCCGAAAAGGGGGGCGCGGAUCAGCAGCAUGGAGGGAGCAAUGGCAGGGCGAGGUGGAGGUGCACGGGAUGCCCGUCGUCAUCUCCUCGAACGAGGGCAGAGGCAGGAGGUCAACGCAAGCGGAGGCUCGCUGUGAAGCAGGUGCAAUGUGCCGCUGAACUUGACGAAUUCCGGCGAGGCCGACAGGGGUGCAGGGUCGGUCGGGUCUGGAUGGAGGCGGCGCGGACAUGCUCGAGGCUGACGGCUGGCGAGAUGGUGAAGGUGCUGCAGCAGCGGAGGACCUACGAGGAGGAAGAAGGCGGAGGACAUGGGGUCGCGAAGGCGGGGGCGGGCCAGCCUGGUACUGCGGGGCUGGUGUCCAUGGGAGCUCCUGCUCCUGCCGAAGACGACGACGACAGACCUGUGAGACGGGGCGGCAGUAAGAGAAAACGCGACGAGAGGAAGAGGGAGGCCAUGGAUCGGGCAUGA